AUGUAUGUAUGUAUGUAUGUAUGUAUGUAUGUAUGUAUGUAUGUAUGUAUGUAUGUAUGUAUGUAUGUAUGUAUGUAUGUAUAUAUGUGUGCGCGCGUGUGCGUAGCAGAUUGCUGUCUAAAGUACACUCGGCGUCCAGUGCCAUGCCGAAUGCUGAAAGACUACAUCUACCAGACCAUUACCUCCUCCUGUGACAUCCACGCUGUCAUGUGAGUUAUCCUCCAAUCACAGCUCAGCACACACUGUGUGUAGAAUACUGCCUGAAUGUCAAUUGUAUUUCCUUGAUUCCUCUUGUCUUUCCUUCUCCAAUGCAUUUUGAGGAGGUGAGGAGAGAGGAAAGACCAUUGAGAUUCACUCACUAUCUGUGUGUGUAAUGUGUAUGUGUGUGUGUGUGUGUGUGUGUGUAUGUGUAUGUUUGUGUGUGGAUGUGUGUGUUUGUGUGUGUGUGUGUGUGUAAUGUGUGUUGACAUUGUGCUGUGUUGUUGCAGCUUCCACACUCGGAGGGACAAGUUUGUGUGUGCCGAUCCCUCUCAAGACUGGACCCAGAGGGUACAACGCUGUCUGCUGUGAGUACACCUGUGUGUGUGUGUGUGUGUGUGUGUGUGUGUGUAUGUGUUUGUUUUGCAUGUGCACAUGUAUAGGUGUUGUAAAAGUUGUGUUUAUUUUUGUCUAACGUUGUGUGUCUGCGUGUGUGUGUUCAUAGCAAACGUCAGGAGAGGAAAUCUAAACUCAAGAAAAGUAUUUGA